AUGGAAGAUUUUGACAAAGCUUGGAAGACGAACUUCCGCGGUCCCCUCUGCCUGAUGAAAAACGCUAUUCCCUACUUACGUCAAACCAAAGGCAACGUUGUGAACAUUUCCAGCGUCUCAGCGGUGGCUGCGAAUCAGUGCAACAUCCCCUACAGCGUCGUCAAGGCAGCUCUGGAGCACCUGACACGAUGCGCCGCACUGGAAAACGCUCCGCAUGGUGUACGUGUUAACACGGUCAGCCCUGGGUCUAUCAAAACGUUCAUGGCGCGCCUACCUGGCGUCAGCGAUGAGGAAUUCAUGGAGAGUCUGGAGAAAAUUGCCAGCAGUAAACACGCCCUUGGACGAAUAGGCACACCGGAGGAAGUUGCUCACUCCAUCGCCUUCCUGGCAUCCGAUGACGCAGAGUUUGUCACGGGAAUCACCAUGCCCGUCGAAGGCGGGUUGCUUCUUCUAUCCAGUAUCUCGGAUGUCCCCAAAAUCCUGGAUGCUCAGAAGACUGCUUGA